AUGGCCGUCCGCAAACCGCUCACAGGCUUUACGACGCCGCUCGGCACCGGCGCCGGCGUUGCCAAAGAAAACCGCCCGCCCCGCAUCAAAGACGCCGACACGCGGCUCUCGCGUCCUUUCAAGGUGCCGUUUGCCCAGUCUGCGCCCCGCCCGGAUCGUAAGGCCCGCCAGGGCAAACGAUACACCGAAGACGGCUCGCUCGAGCCGGACGAGCCCCGCAAACGCCGCGGGGUCUUGCUUCCGCGCGCCCAGCAAGACAAUAGCCUUUUGCUCAAACGACAUUUCCACGUUCCGUUUGCGCCUGGGAAGGCUCCAGAAACCGAGAGAGACCCUCCGCCGCCUCUUGGCACGCGGCGCAAAGCGGUCUUGCCUGCGCGGCCGCUCCAUGACCCGACAAGCGAAUAUGCAAUCGUGUUGUACGAUCCGACAGUCGAUGUUUUCCCAGGCGAAACCGAGGAAACUGUGGAGCCUGAGCCGGUGGCAGACAAGAGCGGGUGGCACGCCAGCCGGCUAGCGCUAGACGAAACCAAAAAUAACGAAACCAAAAGCAACGAAACCAAAAACAACGAAACCAAAAACAGCGGAGCCAAAAUCACCGCGGCACAAGAGACAAAGAGCGACAAAGUAUCUUCGGAUCCAGGCGAGUCCGACUACGAGAGCGACUCCGACUCCACAGAGCUCAGCCACGACGGCACACUCAGUCCUGACGCUUCUUCCACUUCCACUUCUACUUCUACUUCUACUUCCACUUCUUCUUCCUCUGUCGUCAAACGCAGACGCUUCCGCCACCGCCUGCUUGCGGACAUUCUUGGGAUCCGCGCUGCCGCACCGUCAACGCGUGUCCCCGUGGUCAUUGAUCCCAAACUCGCCCGUGUUCUUCGUCCCCACCAAGUUGCUGGUGUCCGUUUUCUUUACAGAUGCACAUCGGGCUUGGUGGACGCUCGUGCCAAGGGCUGCAUCAUGGCAGACGAAAUGGGCUUGGGCAAAACACUCCAGUGCCUUGCGCUCAUGUGGACGUUGCUUCGGCAAGGGCCGCUGGGCCGCCGCACCAUCGACAAGUGCAUUAUUGUCUGCCCGUCGUCGCUUGUGCGGAACUGGGCCAACGAGAUGGAUAAGUGGCUUGGCCCUGGCGCGUUGACGCCCUUGGCUGUCGACGGGAAGUCCACAAAGUCUGCUGAUUUGGGCCAGGCGCUCCAGCAAUGGUGCACGGCCUCCGGACGCAAUAUCGUGCGGCCCGUGCUCAUCAUUUCGUACGAAACUUUGCGGCGCAACGCUGACAAGCUUGCAGGUACCGAAGUUGGGCUUAUGUUAGCGGACGAAGGCCACCGGCUCAAAAACGGCGACCUGCUUACAUUCACGGCGCUCAAUUCGCUCCGAUGUGAACGUCGUGUGAUUUUGAGUGGUACACCGAUCCAAAACGACUUGUCCGAGUACUUUUCGCUCUUGACUUUUGCCAAUCCGGGCUAUCUCGGCACGCGUAAUGAAUUUCGCCGUAACUACGAGAAUACCAUUUUGCGGGGGAGAGACGCCGAUGCAACUGACGACGAAGUGAAAAAGGGAGAGCAGAAACUUGCAGAACUCUCUCAGGCAGUGUCAAAGUUCAUUAUCCGGCGUACGAAUGAUAUUUUGUCCAAGUACUUACCGGUGAAGUAUGAAUACGUUGUAUUUGUCGGGUUGUCGCCCUUCCAGCGGGCACUUUACGAGCACUUUAUCUCCAGCGACGACAGCUCCAAGUUGAUUGCUUCACAGCCAUUGAAAGCAAUUGAUAUGCUCAAGAAACUCUGCACGCAUCCAGAUUUAUUGUCGUUGCCGGACGACAUUCAAGGAUCUCGCAAGUUGAUUCCGGACGAUUACCAGAGCCUGGAGGCUGGCGGACGUGGCCGGGAGAUCCAGACGUGGUUUUCGGCCAAGUUCUCCAUUUUGGAGCGCUUUCUUCAUCAGAUCCGCACCCAAACGAACGACAAGAUUGUGGUGAUUUCCAAUUAUACCCGUACACUAGAUUUGAUUGAAAAAAUGUGCCGCUAUAAACGCUACGGCAGUCUUCGACUCGAUGGCACAAUGACAAUUAACAAGCGCCAGAAAAUUGUCGACCGCUUCAACGAUCCGGAAGGAAACGAGUUCAUCUUCCUCUUAUCGUCCAAAGCCGGUGGGUGUGGUAUCAACUUGAUUGGUGCCAAUCGUUUGGUUCUUAUGGAUCCAGACUGGAAUCCUGCUGCCGACCAGCAGGCCUUGGCCCGUGUAUGGCGAGAUGGCCAGAAAAAGGAUUGCUUCAUAUACAGAUUCAUGUGCACGGGUACGAUCGAGGAAAAGAUUUUCCAAAGACAGUCCAUGAAACUCUCCUUGUCUUCGUGCGUCGUGGAUGCAAAAGAGGACGUGGAGCGUAUCUUCAGUGGAGAUGCCUUGCGUCUCUUGUUCCAGUACCGCCCGGAUACGACAUGUGAUACUCACGACACAUACAAUUGCAAGCGCUGUUCGAAGGAAAAGGGCCAAAUAGUCAAAUCGCCGGCUAUGCUUUACGGUGAUGCCACCACAUGGAACCAUUUGAACCAUGCUGCCUUGAAAUCAAACCAAGACUCGCUUCUUCAAACAGAGGCAGACUUUGAUGACAUUUCGUUUGCCUUCCAGUACAUCUCGCACUAA